AUGCAGCAAGGCCGCGAAGUCGUGCUGAACGCGCUUGCGGCAGGUGAUACGGUUUACGGACUCACCACAGGGCUCGGCGCACGUUCCACAGAGUCGUUGGGUGCCGGAGGCGCGUCAGAAUUUUCGCUGCAAACAUUGCGUGGCAGAGCGCAGUCUAUCGGCCCGCCUUUGCCGGACAAGGUAGUGCGCGCGGCAAUGCUGGUGCGGUUAAACACGAUGCUGACCGGCGCCGCUGGUGCCGAUGUUGAGAUUGCGAAGGUGAUUUUGGCCUGUCUGCAAAGUUAUAUGUCACCGGUAGUGGGCGAGACUGGCUCGAUCGGCGUUGCAGACCUUUGCUGGGGCGCUACCGCGGGACUGGCACUUUGUGGCGAAGGGCGGAUGCGAAACCGCCUCGGAGAUGUUUUUGAUGCGACAACGGCGCUUGCAGCUGCCGGUAUAACUCCUCUGCAACUCGGGCCAAAAGACGGGCUGGUGCUGGCAAGUCACUCUGGUUUCACUGGCGCAAUGCUCGCGCUGCAGACUGUGAGUGCAAGAAUACUGAUGCGCUCAAUGCAGGUGACAACCGCUAUGACAAUGGAGGCGAUGCAGGCUAAUCUGGCACCGCUCGACCAGGUCGCGGCUAAUCUGCACCCACAAGCAUUUCAGGCAGAGACAGCUGGUGAGCUCUGUGAACUGCUCGAAGGCAGUGCCUUGUUUGAAGCGGGGCAGGCCAAAAGGCUGCAGGAUCCGUUAUCUAUUCGCAACGCCGUGCACGUUCACGCAGCCGCUUAUUACGCAUUGCAUGCAGCAGAGGAAGUGGCAGUCACAGAGAUCAAUAGCGUCACCGAUAAUCCGCUGGUGGACAUUGAAAACGGUCGGAUACUUUCCUGCGGCACGUACAAUACGACACACGUGGCGCUGGUUGUGCAGCAGUUAAACAAUGCUUUAGUCCAUGUCACAACCGCGCAAGUCGCGCGAAUCAGCAAAAUACUGAGUCAAAAAUUUAGCGGGCUGCCACAAUUCCUUGCUAUGGAUAGGGCGGUAUCCAACGGCUUUGCGCCACUGUUGAAAAUCGCCGAGGCACUACUCGCGGAAAUUCAUCAUGUGUCGUCACCUGUGACGGUGUGGCCCAGUGUCAAUGCCGAUGGCGUCGAAGACAUUCAGUCGAAUGCGCCCUUAACCAUACGCUCUCUUGGUGCGGGAAUCGAGCGUUGCCAGUUGUUAUGCGCUAUCGAACUGAUGGUAAGCGCCCAGGCAAUCGAUAUGCGCGGGUUAAAACGUGUUGCAGAGCGCGUGCGGGUUAACCAUGCACGUGUUCGAAGACACGCCCUGCUGUUGGCAGAUGAUCGUCCUCUGUCUACAGAGAUCGAGUCACUUGCUGCGGCGGUCGCGCAAGGCGAAUUUGUUUCCUGA